AUGCCUAUCUCAAAACGAAACGUAGUACAACCUUGGAGUAGACCUAAACCAACUAAAGAGGUAUUGGACUACUCAGAACUGGUUACAAUUGACUUUAGCAAGUUUGAUAAACCCAACGGCAAAUUCGAACUAGCGAAGGACUUGGCAGAAGCGCUCCAGUACGAUGGAUUCUGGGUUGUAGUUAACUUUGGUAUCCCUCAAGACUUAAUUGAUCGUCAAUUUGCCUUGGGGAAACAUUUUUUCAACAACUAUUCAUUAGAAGAGAAGAGUGCCAAAGCAUGCGAUUUUGAGAAUGGAGAUUACUUCGGCUACAAAAAGGUAGGCGCGAAAACGGUUUUUGGAACUGCAGUCAGAGAGAAUGUGGAGACUUUCAAUAUGCCUAAAUUCACCAAAGAUGAAACGUACAAAGAACUUUUGAAACAACCGUUCUACGAUGACUUUUACGAUGAGGUAUCGUCAUUUUCGAGGAUAACCCAUGAUUUACUAGUCAAGCGAUUGUACCAGUUAUUUGCUAUCAUACUUGAAUUAGAUGAGAGCUAUUUUGCAAACAAGCAUGAUUAUGAUCUCCCAAGUGACACACACUUGAGAUACAUGCAGUACCAUCCCAGAUCGUUGGAAGAUGAUGAAAGAGUGGAACGUAUUUGGUCUAGAGCACACACAGAUUUCGGCAGUUUGACCUUGCUUUUCAACCAGGAGGUUAAUGGGCUUCAGCUGAAACUGUCUGACAAUUCCUGGAAAUACGUCAAGCCCGUAUACGGAGGCGUCAUUUGUAAUAUCGGAGACACCCUUAACUUUUGGAGUGGUGGUUAUUUCAAGUCUACAAUUCACCGUGUCGUUAGGCCCCCAGAGGACCAGUUGGAUGAGCCACGUGUGGGGCUGUUUUAUUUCGACAGACCAGGAAAGACGGCAGAUAUUGAAGUUGCUCCGUCUCCUCUUCUAAAGAGGUUGGGCUUGUACAAUAAAGUAGAGCCAGUCAAUGGCCAUCAUUAUGUUCGACAAAGAGUGAAAAACUACCAUGAGUCUAGUGACUAUGGCAAAAGAGCAGGUGAAGUAUUCCAGGUUGGCCAAUUCAAAAUUCAGGAUGGAUUUGAUUAG